AUGAACCUGACAGAGUUUAACCAGUCUGAUCGCUGUGAGCAUUUCUCCUGUCCAGAGAGAUCUGUAUCUCCUGCAGUUUAUGUUUUACUGUAUGUGUGUUCAGCUUCUGUGAUUCUUCUAACAGUGUGUGGAAAUAUGCUCGUCAUCAUCUCUGUUUUUCACUUCAAGAAGCUUCAGACACCAACAAACACACUUGUGCUCUCCCUGGCUGUGUCAGACUUCCUUAUUGGCACUUGUGUGAUGCUGCCAAUGUUAAUCUGGACAAUUGAGUCGUGCUGGAUUUUUGAUAAGGGUUACUGCAUCUGUUUAAUUAUAACCUCCUUUUUUCUUGGGAACCUGUCAAUCUAUAAUGUUGCUUUGAUCUCUGUGGAUCGGUAUUUGGCUCUCUCAAACCCAUUUUUCUACACAAACACAAUCUCUUGGAGGACCAUGUGCAUUGUGGUUUAUGCUAACUGGUGUUUGUGUCUGGGAUAUGUCAUAGCUGUUUUGUAUUUUAAUGGAAACUUCAUGAGUUUUGUAAUGUGUCCUGGAGAGUGUUUUAACUUUUUGAAUGAAGUGUGGUCUGUAAUUGACCUUAUACAUUCAUUUAUAUUUCCUAUUUUUGUCAUAAUCAUAUUAUACAUUCGGAUUUUUAUGAUUGCUAAGAAACAUGCCACUGCUAUUAGAGAGCUUAAUAAUCACACACGACCUAAAACACAGAAAAUCACCUCACACUCAAUGAAAUCUGAGAGAAAAGCAGCUAAAGUCCUUGGAAUUUUAGUGUCUGUGUUUCUGGUGUGUUUACUUCCAUAUUUUAUCUAUAGUUUGUUGGGUCAUGUUAUUGAACCACAGUUAGAGACAAUUCAAAAAGUUUUGAUCAUACUUUGUCUUAACUCUACCAUUAAUCCAAUUAUUUAUGCUCUGUUUUACCCAUGGUUUAGAAGGUGCUUUAAAUUAAUUUUAACACUGCAAAUAUUUAAAAGAGAUUCUGCAUUAAUUAAUGUUCUUUCUUAA